CCACAGUACUUGCCUUACAAGAACGUGGCAUGCGCCAUGUGAUGGCGCUUCUCCAGCAUGUCAAGUUGUCAACGUCAGCAUAUUUUCAUCCGAAGUGGGAGGUUGUGAGAAACAUCAGUAGCACUGCUUCUUCACACGCCUCCUCUUCCAUAUCCAGCGGUAGCAGCAGCGUCGAUCCAACCAUUAUUAUAAAGAAGCAAUUUUUCUUGCAAGUUCAUCCCGACUUCUUUCAGCAGCAUCCCCGUGAGCAAAAUAUUAACAGUGAAAAUCUCAAGGUCCUGAACAAUUUUUUUGAGACUUCGUCGCAGCGAAGUUCCAGCCUUGCCUCAACUAUCAGCCCUCCCUUCGCCGGCAUUGGGGCAAGCCCACGUGACUUGGUAUUUUACGUCAAGACCCGCGCUUUACCACCGCGCACGUCUUCCACGCCAAAUUCCAUCUCGCUUCCCUCCAGAGUGGUGGUGCCAUUAAAUGACCGGGUCUUUCAUUCCCUCCACGAGAUCCUUUCCCGUCACUGUGAAUUGGGAAGCUCCUUGCCUUCUCCCUCGCCCUCCCCAGCGCCUGCGGGGCCCGACCACCGGUCAAGUAUCUGGGAUCAUAUUCACGAGCAAGCACACGAUGAUUGGAGGUGGGCUUGGCGUCGGCCAUGUGCUGAAGAUGAAGAUGAGGGCUGGGCCCCUUUUCUGGACAGAUUUGUGGCCCAUCUGCAGCGGAGAGAGACCAAGCGGGGGGGAGGGCAAAAAGGCAGGAGAGGGGACGGAUUAGGGAAAUUACAGGACCGAAAGGAAGCGGCCGAGCACAUGGAGGCAACCGGCGCCCGUAUUUGCGCGAAAUGGGGCUUCGAGAGUGUCCAGCUGCACAGAUGUGCAGCGACUGGGCCGCAGAGCACCUAGCCUUGACGCUUUGGCGCCUGGAGGCAGCCCUGGAGGAGUACGGGGACGACGCCCUCAGGGUGACCCGCUUUGCAGGCUUUGACCUCGUCCUCACCCCCUCCCGCUCUCCCUCCCUCUCUGGGGGCCAUCCGCACCUCCAGAGCUUCGGAGAAGAGGGGAAUGUCAAAGCGGCAGCCAAAGAGGGGCGGCUGGAUCUGUCCCCAUCGGAUACGCCCCUACAUUGGAUCAAGCUCCUGCGUCAGGUCGGGGUUCAGGACGUGUGGGAGGCACAGGGGUGGCGGAAGGAAGAAGCAAAACUGGUGGCCGCCUUCCAGUCGUAUGUACUGCCGGAUGCACACCUUGAAAGAGGGCGCACCUGCUCCCGCAGCCAGUACAUUGCCUGGUUGCAGUCCUUGGGCGGAGGGGGUGAGAGCGGCCUGGGAGGUAGAAAAGAGAGCAUGGAGCUACUACGACCCUGGGAGCACCUGCGGAUGCGUGUGGAAUCGGACAUCCGUCCAAGCGUUUUAGAAUGCGGAGUUUUGCAAGUGGAUCAUGCCCGUCUCCCCUCGAAACGCGCGGUUCUCGAGCUGGCCGCACGUUUGGGGCCGGCGGCAGCCGAGGCCCGGGCCACUUUUGAGUCUGAGAGCAGGCUGCUUAGAGAGGUAGAGGCGGUCUGUGUCUCCGCGGCGGGGCUGGGGCUUAAGGGCGUGCGGAAGGAGUUGGGAGUGAGCACUAUGGAAAUGAUGGGGUGUCUGGAGAGGCUGUUGGCCUUGCCCGUCGGGGAUCGGACGAGGGAAGGGUUGAAGGGACUGGAUGUGGUUGUCGGCAAGACGUACGGAAUAACCCGGGAGGGAUCUGUGCUGCUGCCCUGGAACUGGGUGACAAGAGGCGAAACCCGGUGGGAGAGAAGCUGCUAGAAGAUAGUGUGCAUAAUGUGAUCCCACAGUUUGUAAUUGCUAGCGCGGAAAAGGAAAUGCUGUUCGAUCAGAGAUGAUUUCCGGGCAGUGGUCAAUA